AUGGCCCCGGCAUAUGUUACCAUCUUGCUCUACUCAACUCUCCAAGAUUUUGCGCACAUCAUGUCGCUCCAGACUGACCGUCUGUUACUGAAAGAUCAACUGCCAACACUUGAAGACAACCGUCGCAAGCAUGUUAUAUCGUGCGAUCGCUGCAGCUUGACUGACCGCUGUGAACAGGACGAUGCUCACUCGACGUCGUGGUACCGGCGUUUGGCAAUACUUCUUUCCGCCACAUGUAUUCUCCUUGGCUUGUCGGUACUCUACCUCUACCACCAGAUCUCUGAGUGCUCGCUCGACGAGGGAUUCGCGAAAGGGAUGAGUACUGAACUACCAGCAGCUAAGGCCGCAAUCCAGCUUACCAAGCAUCGGUUCACCGGAGGUCUCUACUUCGAUGAAAACGGGAGGGUGUAUCGUCAUAUGUUCAAAGGUCAGCCGCAGUAUGUUGGCAUACCGAGCCCAGCCAUCGACGAUGCAUGGGCACAGCUUAUUCCGGGCCUGUAUGAGAAUCUUGUUGGAAGCGAAGCUGCCUUCGUGGCGGGCAGAACCUGGCAGGAUCCAGACGGAAGAUACAUGAUAGGCCUCGAAGUCAUGCACACCUUGCACUGUGUUAACUUCAUCCGCAAGGCCUUGGAUGUCGACUACUACGGUGGGAAUGGGACGGCUCACUCGCAUCGUCUGCAUACUGAUCACUGCAUCGACCAUAUCAGGCAGUUCGUACAAUGUCAUGCUGACCUGACGCCACUGACCUUCAGCUGGUCGGAUGAGAAGGAUAAUAUAGUGGCGGAUUGGGACGCACUGCACACUUGCCGUAACUUCUCCAAGAUCCAGGAGUGGGCAGUGGACAGAAUCCGAACGCAGCCGAUACCGCAUCAUGGUGGUUGA